UAAUAAAUAAAUAUUCCAUUUUUUAUAAAAGUUUUGUCAAAUAUUUAAUUUUCCUUCUUCUCUCCUCAGCGUUUUCCAACCAAAUAAAAGGUGGGCAAAGGUGGUGGAUGCAUGAGCCUUAAACACCACCACACCCCAACACAAUAAACUCGUCUCUUCUCUUUAUUUUUUUUUUUUAUUUGUGGUUUCAUCGGUUCAAUAAUCCAAAAACAAUAUCCAGAACUAUAUAAGACCUUGUUGUCACUUACUACCUCUUCCUUUUCUUUCUUAAAGGUAUCUCAAUUGUUCCCUUCUUGGCUCAAAUUUUCCGUUUUUCUUGUUGAAAAAUCUUUCCGGUCUUUGUUUUUUUCUCCUCAAGCUUUGAUUUUGAUGCAAUGAGUUUUCUGCUGUUGAAUUUGUGUGGGUCUGUUUGGUUUAGUGUUUUUUUUUUCAUGUCGGUAGUUGAUUUUGUUUCUGGAGAGACUAAUCCUGAAAAUUUGGCUUCUUGUGUUUGUUCUCUUCUAAGAUUAGUCUCUUCUUGAGACCUUUUCUUUUCGCCGCGUUGUGUUACUGUUUGGGAAUCCAUGUAAAAGGUGGUGGUGGUUGGUUUGGUUUCUCAUUGAAGCGUUGACUUGAUUUAGAAAAAAAGUCUUCGGCUAUUAUAAAGUGACUUCCUUUCUCAUUGAUAAGUCUAAUUUCCACUUUUCACCCACAAUUCAAUCAUAACUUAAAACUGCAAUCGAACAGAGAUUCAAUUGAUUCAUAACUUGAUACGUUUGAUGAUAGCUCAUUUGGCUUUUGGAUCUAGUUGUUAACUUUUACAGUUUGUGGUCUCAGAGUUGCCAUAUUUGUGGAAUCUUACUUAAUUCAAAUACUCUAGUAAUUACUUCUUUUACAGUUUCAAAGUUUCUAUGAUUUGUGUUUUGCAUAUACAAGCAUUCCUCUAGGGAACUAUGUUUCCUUGAGCUGUUUCUUGAACAGGAGAGAAGUAAAACACUUUAAAAGUCAAUAUGGUGAGCUUAAGAAGGCGCAGGCUAUUGGGACUUUGUUGUGGACCAAAAGGUUAUGUGACACCGCUUCCUUUUCUAACUGCCGAGGAGAUGGUCACUGGGAUUCCAAAUCCUAAUGGCAGAACAACUUAUAAUCCCGGGACAGCAGAAACUGUUAUGCAACCUAAAGAGGAGAAAACGCCUAUCGAAGAAGGGUCGGGAAGAAAUCGUUCAAAGUAUAGGCAUUUCAGGUCUGAUUUCUCAGAUAACUCACCGAAUGAUUAUGGUUCCAUCUCGCCAAAAUGGGAGCAAAACGUAUGUGAUUCAGACCAGCCGCUAAAACGAAGAAAGCGGCAUAGAAGAAAGCAAGUAAAAAACCAAGAACCAUGUUUGAUGAGAGGAGUCUAUUACAAGAACAUGAAAUGGCAAGCGGCCAUUAAAGUCGAGAAGCGCCAGAUCCAUUUGGGAACUUUUUCUACUCAAGAAGAGGCUGCUCGUUUAUAUGAUAGGGCUGCUUUCAUGUGUGGAAGGGAACCAAACUUUGAGCUCUCGGAAGAGGAUAAACGAGAACUUAAACAACAAAGCUGGGAAGAGUUUUUGGCUUGCACACGCCGAACAAUUACUAACAAAAAACCUAAGAGAAGAAUGGAGCAAGAGGAGAUCGACGCAGGGCGUGUUACUGACGAUAAGGAGAUCAAUGCGAGUAAUGGUACGUCGUCCUCCUGAAGAAGAAGAAGAAGAUACACAAAAUGUUAUCAUUCGUGCAAAAGAUACAACCUCCCAAGAAUUUGAGGCAGAGGGUAAAAGACUUCAAAUACAGAGAACAAUAUUGAAUACAGGAAACUAAAGAGAGAUGUAUGUUAUCUUUUGCAAAAAAAAAGAGAGAUGUUAUAGACUUCAAGUUGAUAGAAUUUGGUGUAGUUAUGUUUGUGUAGGAAAAAACUCAUUAAAAAGGUCGGUGACUUUAUAUAUUACGAAGAUUUAUCACAUGUUAGAACGAAAAUAAACCUACACUAGAAAAAUGUUAGGAUUUUAAUAUUUUAUUAAUUAACAGAGUUAUUAAUUUAUCAGUUUUGAAUAAAAUAAAUAUAUAUUAA